CCACGCCCUCUCGCCUGGGCGCGCGGCCCUCCUCUCCUUCCCUUCUUUGCGCGCGAGCUCUUCCCUCUCAGUCCAAUCGAACCUAGCACGCGCACAUUCUCCCCGGGCUGGAAAAAGCCCAGGUGGGUUUAAAGAAGGAAAAGGCUUUUGCAGUGAUCGCUACGUCAGCUCCGGCCUCUCUCUGGCCCCCUUCAUGCUGCAUCAUCACUGUCGCCUCCUCCUCCUGCUGCUGCUGCUGCUGCCGCCACUACCUCCUAACUCUUCCUCCUUUGCUGCUUGCUCUCUCUCUGCCUCUCCCUCUCCCUGGGUCUGGCUGUGGGUCUGCGUGUGCGUGCGUGCGUGAGUGCGUGUGUGUGUGCGAGUGAGUGUGUGAGUGUGCCGGGCCCCUGCUAGGUUCCCUGGGCAUCUCGCCGCCGCACGCCCUGUACCAGUUCCCUGCGACCUUUCUCCGCUUUCUCUCUGUUUCUUUAAAUUUUUUUUUAAAAAAAUAUUAUUCCAUGUCAUCUUUAUUUUAAUCUCCACGGGUCUCUAAAACUGGUGCAGCUGGAAGCAGCAGCCUCCACCCCCUCUCCCGCCCCCGCCCCCUCCCCCCAAAAUCCGAGGAAUAUGGCGAAAGUGGAGCAGGUUCUGAGCCUAGAGCCGCAGCACGAGCUCAAAUUCAAAGGUCCCUUCACAGAUGUUGUCACCACCAACCUAAAGCUUGGCAACCCUUCUGACCGAAAUGUGUGUUUCAAAGUGAAGACUACUGCACCCCGCCGGUACUGUGUAAGACCUAAUAGUGGAAUUAUUGAUGCGGGAACAUCAAUCAAUGUGUCUGUGAUGCUACAGCCUUUCGAUUAUGAUCCUAAUGAGAAAAGUAAACACAAGUUUAUGGUUCAAUCUAUGUUUGCUCCAACGGACACCUCCGAUAUGGAAGCAGUAUGGAAGGAGGCAAAGCCAGAAGAUCUUAUGGAUUCAAAACUUAGGUGUGUGUUUGAAUUGCCAGCAGAGAAUGAUAAACCGCAUGAUGUAGAAAUAAAUAAAAUUAUGUCCACAACGGCAACAAAGACAGAAUCAUCUGUUAUGUCUAAAUCUAUAAGUUCUUCUUUGGAUGAUACUGAAGCUAAGAAAGUAAUGGAAGAAUGUAAAAGGCUGCAAGUAGAAGUUCAGAGGUUACAGGAGGAAAACAAACAAUUUAAGGAAGAAGAUGGGCUGCGGAUGAGGAAGACACUGCAGAGCAACAGCCCAGCUUCCACUGCAGCCACCAUUGUGAAGGAAGAAGGGCUUAGCACCCGACUUCUCGCUCUGGUCGUUCUGUUCUUUAUCGUCGGUGUAAUUAUAGGGAAAAUUGCCUUAUAGAGGCAGCAUGCAAAGGCUGGUAAAUUGGAUUGAUGGAUCUGCCAUAUCAUGGGAUUUAAAUUUAUUCAUAACAAAGAAAUUAAUGUAUGACAUCUCACAGGUCUUGCCUUUAAAUUACCCUCCCUUCCCCUUGCACAAAUAUAACAUUACAUAAUCUCCUAGAAAGUUUGGAAUGAGUAAUCGGGGCAAAUUUAAAAAAAAAUACAAAAAAAGAAUGAUCUUUACUAAAUGACAAGGAAAAUCAUGGUUAAUACUCAAAUGAUAUGUUGUAAAUGCAAUUUUAAACAUUUUUAGAUCUUGGCACAUGUUGCUGGAUUACCUCUUUUAAAAUGAGAAACUUGUUCCUUGACUGCUAGAGCUCCUCCUUCAGACAGUGGAAAACAGAGCUAAGCAGAAAGGGUCAGGAAUCUCUGUAAAAUAUAUUAAUCCACCAUACAUACUGCUCAUAAACUUUAAGAGUUUCUGUCCUUGUCUUCAGUUCUGUGCAAGUUACCAAUUAUUUUGGGGAUAUUUAAGUGAUUCGAGUCAGAAGCUGAAAAGAAUUCAGUGACAGCAUUGAACGUGCUAGUCACCAAUAUGAGGCAUAUAUUGAUUAAUGGUACACAACAUUUUAGGAGAAAGGUCAUUGCCUUGUUCUCUUAAAGGGACCAAGCUAAACUGCUAUUGGUUCGUUUAGUUGAAUUAAACUGUUAUUCAGAGAUGUUUAAUGCCUAUUUAACUUAUUUAAUGUAUUUCAUCUCAUAUUUCCUUACUGUCACAAGGUUAUGACUAAUGCUAUGGCAUAGAAGUCACCAUUCUAAGGCUGGUGGGUUGACCUGUCCUUGCUGCUGGAGAGCUGUGGCAUCCUUCUGUCUCCUGCUGUUUGGGAGGGCACUACGUAAAUGUGGACUUUUGAUUUAUUUGAACAUUGGAAAACAACCAUCAGGAAAUGUUUUCUAUGUAAAUAACAUCUAUCUUGAGAAGGGAGGGAAAUUAUACCAGUAGUAAUAAUAGUCAACUCUUGAUUACCCUGCUGAUGGAAGGGGUGACCGUAGUGCAGAUAACCUUUAAAAAAAAAAAUGUCAUUUUAAUGUCACUCUCGAAUUCAUCCUAUUUCACCUUCCCUCACUGUGCUUGACCUCAGACCUCCCCUUUCCCCCAAUUUGGCCCUUAAUUGGAGUAGCAACGUGGAAAGUAAUCCCAGUAGUGUGGAGGGGAUGGCAUUCUAGAAGUGAUAUGAGGAGACAGCCAUGGAGCCAACUGGAAGGCAGGAGAGAGGAGACCCACCCCCAACUGAGAGGCCUGGUGGUCAGAAGCUGGGGGGGUUGGGGGGGGGGAGAGACCUUCCUCCAACUAACCCACAAAGCAGAUAAUUGAGAGUUGACUGUAAAUUAGUUCUAUGCCGUAAAUGACCAAUCCUGUUGGACUAUGUAGCAUCUUUAAAAGAUAAAAAAAUUAAAUAAAGCCCCCAAAUUAAGAUUUCUUUUGUUAUUUUGUCACAUUUGCCAGAGAAAAUGUAUUUUUAGAUGGCAGGAACUUAUCUGGUUGUGUUUCAUAAUGCUUCUAACUUAGAAAUGUCUUCUUAGGUCCUCUUGGUCCUGACCAAGAGGUAUGCAGAUGAAACAACUUAGAUUUUAAGUGGCCAACUGCCUGUUAAAGAUGGGAAUCCUUAAGGCCUAUUGCCCCCAUUAAAGUUUGUAAGUUUUCAAUUACUGUAUUUCCAGGGAAGCAAACCUUUAUCUCUUAAGUGAAGCAGCUAAAAUAAUUAAGAGGUAAAAUAAUAAAUGAGAAGUGAAAUUGGGUUCUAUUGACUGAUCAUGAACUAGACUAUGCAUAUACCUGUUAAAAAAAGAGGAUGAGAAGACUAAAGAGAAAUUAAUUCGUCAAAGGAACUUUAUUAGCAUGACCCCAAGUAUUUUAGGUGUUUCACCAAAUAGGAUUUUCCUUGUAGAUAGGGUGCUGGUUCAUCAAGCCACUCUCUAUGUCAACUCACCAUAAGCUCCUUCCUUGUGCACCUAGUUCCCCUGUGGUAAAUAGAACUUGAACCUGUCAACCUACAAGUCUUUGUUUAAUCUGAUCUCCAGUGUUGCUGUUAAGGAAAAGAUCAAGUGCUAGCUCAUGAAAGAGAAUUAAGAUAUGGGGUGUCCCAAAAGUCUUAGUGAAGUUUUAACCUUAAGUAGCUGUUACCCCCCCCCAUUAAAGUCUGGAAUUUGAGGGAUACCCCAUAAUGAAGUGGGUGACCAGUGCCACAGCUAUAAAUUGGGUUAAGCAAAAUAAAAGAUAGCCAUAAUAGUUGUUCAAAUUUGUACGUGUGAUUUUCAAAGCUUCUAAGACCUCAUACAACUAAGAUAUAUUAUUUUUUUAAGUUGGAAUUUUAAGAUUCUCUUAGCCCUUUGUCAUACCCCCUUUUUUCUGUCUAAACUUUGGGAAAUUCAGUAUUGUCCCAAAAAUUUAUAAGGAGGGUGAUUAGGCUGAGGUGUUUUUUGUUUUGUUUUGGGGAGGGGGUGGUAAGGGGUAGAGCCAUUGAGUUCCAGAGUUUCUAAAAUUCCAACCUAUUCAUGGAGAAUAUGUCCUCAUUUCAUAGAGGAAUGUGUUUUAAUUAAAAUUUUAGCUAUGGAGGUGUCAAUUCCUUCUCCUGUCUGCCUGUGAAUACUUUUCUCUUGUCUUAUUUGUUGUCUAGGGUUCUGUUCUGUGUUUGUUUUUGUGAACUGAGGGAGAAGUUGGUUUUCUAUCACUUAUUGUCAAUAUAGAAUAUAAAAUUCAGGGCUUCAAGGCUUCCAAAGAACAUGCUGGAGAAAGACAUAAUAAGCAACCAAGAUCAUUGUUCCUGGUGUCUUAUAAGCCAUUGUGGGUGAAGGCAGGGAGGAAGUGGGUCAGGAGAGAGAUAGAUAAAGGUUAGGGUGAAAGUGGGAAGAAGAGAGGCAAUUUCGAUAUUUGGCCUUUUCCAAAUAAUGAAGGGAAAAGUGAAGCUAUUCACACAGAGCAAGGAGUGGAAGAGAAGGACCAGUGAGCAAAGAUAACCCCGAAGUGAAUGUGAUGAUUUGGAAGCAAGGAGGUAAGAGUUUGGAGGGAUAGGAUUAUCUUCUGCUCUUAAAUUACAAACCAUUGCUCAGGGCAAUGCCCUUGUCCUCUAAAUCUAGCCCCCAGUGAAGGCCAUCUCAAAGAACAUGCAGGAAGCUGUAAGCAGUCAUCAGGUUUCAUAAAAUUUUAUCAAGCAUAUUUUUAAAUUGAGAAUUUAAGCUCCCUUGGAACCUCAGCCAUGGGUAUAAUAGUGGCCAUGUGUUAUUCCCACAUAAGGCUUGCAUCCUAAGUGCAGUUUUUAAAAACAACUCGUCAUCAUUUAGAUCCCUAGUGCUGCACAUAUAAUAGACUCUUAAUAAAUAUUUUUUAAAUUGAAUUUUUAGGCCAAAGUCACCUUUAUGAUUCUUUCUGAGCUGCAUGUUUUUUCCUCCCUGAUCUCUGAAAUUGCUUGCAUAGACAGUAAUGAAUACUGAUAAAAAUCACAGUAGCUCUUACUGGCAGACAGUUGAUGCCUUUAGAGAGAUGCUAUACCUACAGAAAGAGAGGGGAGGGGAAUGAAAACCUCUAGCAAUCCAUGGAAAGAAAAAGAUUUUCAAAUAAAUUAAGAACAGAUUUGCCCUCCAAGGGUAGCAGACCAAAAGUACUGGCAAAUGGUCAUAUCCACCUGAAUGUAGCAGUCACUCAGAGCUAAAUCACCUUCAAGUGGACUCCAGAUCAAGCUAGGGCAUAAAAAUUAAUUGUAAUAUUUGUCAAUAUAUUGAAGAACCUUUGGCAUGUGGGAACCUAGCACAUCACUUAAUUAACACAUUAUCAGAAGAAUAUUUGAACUGAGAUCUGCUUGAUUUCUAGCGCAAUGAUUCUGUCCACUAUACUAUCCUGUGUUGUAAAAUAUGUACCACAAUACUGAUAGUUUAACAUUAUCCAAAAUGACUAGUUUUGGGCAGAUAGAAAACCCUCCCAAUUUGCCCACUCAGUGUCGGAUAAUGGUCACCACAUCAUUUAGUCAUUUAAUUCCAAGAUCUGUUCUGAAAAUUGGCCUGCAUGGUGGUUGUUUUGUUGUUGUUGUUGUUUAUGAAAUGCUUGGUUCAAAUGAAUAAAAAUAGGUAUGUGCCCUGCAAGGAAAAUUUGGGUCCCUUCCUGAUACUGAUCUCAUGGGCCAGUGAAAGGAAGCUAAUGCUUCCAUCUGCUGGAGACAGAAAACAUGAUGAGUAUCUAGCUGCUAGACUUUUGUGUACUGCAAACAUGACAUUUAAAACUGGAUGAUCUAAUCUAGUACCUCCCUUUGACAGGAUGAGGAAACUGAGCCUCCCAAAGAGCUUAAGGGAAUUGGCUGAGGAUACACAGGUAGUGAUGGAAUCAGGAUUUUCAUACCCACACACCCAGAACUUUAAAGACAUUCUCAGAAUACUGGAUUCCAGUUACCCUCAGAGUUCAUAAGCCUGAAUAGAUUGGGGGGGAAGGGGAUUGUUUUUCCCCUUACUGAACCUUCCCAGUUGUGAACUCCUGAAUAAAGUUGGGUAUUUUGUUUAGUAGCUAUUAGGAAUGGAAUUUUGUCUAAACUUCCUUUUUAUGCAGUGUUAAAGCCUUAUCUGAAGACCUAUGCUUGCAUGUCAUCCUUUUCUGUUUCAGGGACAAACAUGCAGUUGUGAGGGCAUUAGCAAUAGUUCAGGCUUUUGUAUCAGUUAUGUCUCUACAUCCUAGACUUGGUUAUUUUUCAUAUAUAUGAAAUAGAAUCAUAGGAAUCUAAUUCAAAAGUCUUCCUAGCCACAAGUGGAAUGAAUAGAUUAUGCUGUCUAAACUUUCUCCUGAUCUAAAGGGCUUCAGAACUCCUUGGAAUUGGAUUUUGGAAGUCUUUUAGAAGAAAUUACUAACGACUCAAAUUAAUAGUGAUUUGAGUUGCCUUGUGAAAAGGUUAGCACUCUUGCUCUGGAUGUGGGUGUAUACACUCACGCAUGCAUGCAUGCAAACAAAUAACUUGUAUGUGAAGUUACAGCCAUUCAUGAAAACACAUAUUUUUAGACUUUUUAGUGUUAGCAUUAUUUAUUAAAGUGGCAGCACAGAAACAUCAGACUUUCGUCCAAAUGCAGGUGAGACUAGGUAAUUUAUAUCUCUCCUUAAAUUGACACUGCAUUUCUAGGAGAGACAGUGAUGGAGCCAAAUAUAGUGAGUAUGAUAGUAGGAAAACAGAUGGGGGAAAGGCAGAUAUCAACCAAGAAAUAGGUUGGGUAUCUAUGAGAAACUGAUGUGCAUUAAAUUUUUUAAUUUCUACCCCUUGGCACCUUAACCAUCUGCUUCCACCUCUCAAUAACAUUAGGAAAAAUGUAGAACUGCCUACAUUUCUCCAAAUAAUGCUUUUUCAAAUUCAUUUCUUUAUGGAUUUUGAGGACAAAUCUAUAUAACUCAUAUUUCCAAUUUAAUUUAUACUCAUAGAGAUUAUUUUUAAUCUUGGUUUAUUAUAAUAGUUCAUUGUGAAAUCAGGUCCACACAUAGGAGCAAUAGUAUCAGGAAAAUUAAUUUAGGCUUUUUUUUUCUAGUGAAACCAAUUCAUUAGAAAAUGUGUGCAUUCUUUAUUUAGGCACUUUGGGAAAACAAAAAAUAAAGCUUUGUCUAACCUACCAUAAAUGUUUGCAACUAUAAUCUCAGAAAUGUUCCAUGGUAUGCAUUGGCCUGAUUAAAAUGUGACAGUGGAAUAAAAUUGCACCCAGGAUAAUAAUCUGUUGCUGCUAUAUAAAUUCCAUUGUCUUUUUUUUUAACCAGGAAACUUUGAUACUGUGACAAUGUCUUAUUACAGUUGCUUUAUUAUACCAAAGGUUCGAUGUAUAUUUAAUCACUGUCUAAUGGAUGUUGGUGUUGGACUGUCAGCUCAAGCCCUACUUUGGUUAUUGACAAGCAUUCUGACUAGGGAGUAGGCAGCAACUUUGUUGAUCCUCUUCUGGGCCAAAAACGUGGGUUCAUGAUGAAAAUUUGUAGCAUGCUAUUUCUCACCAAAGGGAAACAAAAUUUUCCUUGUGUUUCCUUCCAACUCUCAUCAAUAAGGGUAGGCUAGGCAGAGAGAAAUAUGAUUAUAACUUAUUCAGAAUUAAUAUGGCUUGUUAUUUAAGAAAGUGAUAAAUUCCUGUGCAUGUUACAUACAUCAACUCUAGGAUUCUUUUUGUUGUUGUUUAAUUGCCUGCAUUUUUAGGGCGUUCUUUUUAGAAGUAAACUAAAUUCAGCUGUUAAUUCUCUGGAAUACAUCUCAUCCCCACCCCACCCUCAUCAUAGGGGGAAAAGGGUGUUUUGUUUGACUGAUUCCAGUCAGAAUUUGCUUGCCAAUAAUACUGAGACCAUUAGUACAGGGGCUGCUUCUUUCAAAGCACUAUCGUACUUUUCCUAAAUAAGAGUCUAACGAGCCUCAAGUGUGUAUUUGUGAUGUUCACAAUACAGAGACUAGAAGAGAGAAUACAUAUUCUCAUUCCUGUUGCUAGCAUUUUGCCUUUAUAUGUUAUAGGAACUCUCUUCUUUGUAAAUAAGAGGCAAUAUGGUGCAGUAGAACGAGUGGUUGGAUUUGGAAUCAGAAGACCUGGAUUCAAAUCUCCAUUCCACUACUGUGUGAACUUGAAUAAGUCGCUUACUUAACCUUUCUGGGCCUUAUUGGGUUCAUCUAAAAAAAGAGAGAGUUGGACUAGAUCACUUCUGAGAUUCUUCCCAGCCCUAUGUCUAGGAUCUAAUGUUACUGUUUGAAACAUCCUUCCAGAGAUCUGAAAGGAUUUGUUGAGAUGCUCUUCCCCUUUUAAGUGACCGAAGAGAUUUCCUCAAAUUCUGAUUAGUCUAUGGUGUGCUUUUCACUCUUCCCCAUCUUGAAAAUCCCUAAAGUUCUUAAUGUGUAUUUGAUUCUAAUUUCUAGUAGUGAGAUCCUUCUUGUACAUUAUUAAACAGAUGUAGUAGAAAACUUCAUUCCAUUUUUCUUGUGUAUUAAAGUUAUAUUUUAUCUUGGCUUAAUUAAUUUUAAAAGGUAAUACAGGGAGAGCACUCUUCCUAUUGUGUAUUUUUGUUUUCUAACAUGUAAUAAGUUUAUAUAGUUACUUAGUGAUUAUACACUCUUGAGGGGAAAGCUGCCUACUGCUUCUGUAGUUUAAACAAGUCUUUAUAUCUUGUUUUCACAUGGUCUGUAUCAGUCAGGCAACACAUGCCAGGCCAAAGCAUCCACUUUUGUAUUAUUUGGCUCAGUAUUAUGUUUAAUAAAUUCUGUGCUCUGGAAAUAUUUAA